AUGGACUCCACGCGCGACGACGUGCACACACCCAGCAAGCGGCACAAAGGCUACAACGGCUUCCCUAGUCCCACAGAGGGCCACGAGCAGCAGCCGCCGCAAUCAUCGCCGUCUCCUUCUCCUGGUCAAGCCCAGGCGCAGUAUUCCGUGCAACAAGCGUACGCCUCUCCGCAGCAAGCGUACGGCGCCCCCCAGCAAUACACCUCCCCGCAGCAACCGUACGCGUCCCCUCAUCAACCAUUCAACACGCCGGUCACCGCGUCGCAUGCAGUCGGCCCGGUUUCUGGAAAUAACGGGAUCGGUGGUUCGCCCUUGACUACCGCCAUGGCUCCCCCCAACGCUCCGUCAGUCGCGCUGGAGCUAACGCAUGGCGGCUCCCAACCUGUCUCCGCCGCCUCUACCCCUGUCCGCGCGCAUUUUGUCGACGCGUCUCAGUCUACCCCUGUCCGCGCGCACCAACCGCACUCCCCCUCCCCCGCCUCCGCUGCUGCGCACGCGUCUGCGGUCACGGUUGUGCAGGCAUCUCCGCUUACUGUUGCGCCCAGUCCCUCCCCAUCUCCCGCUACGGGAACUCCCGGAGCCGUCGCAGCGUCGCCAGGCGGAGUAGGUGCAUCGCCGGGUGGAGUAGCGCCGUCGCCAGGAGGAGUCGCAGCGUCGCCAGGGGUCGCAGGGUCAAUGCACGACCCGCCGUGCGCGGCGUGCAAGUCGCUGCGGCGGAAGUGCACGCGCGAGUGCAUCUUCCUGCCGUACUUUCCCCGUGACGAUCCUGAGAAGUUUGCGCGCGUGCACAAAGUGUUUGGAGCCAGUAACGUGUCCAAGAUGCUGCAGGAGCUGCCCUUACACCAGAGGGAGGAUGCAGUGGCGAGUCUAGAGUAUGAAGCACAGGCCCGGGUGCAGGAUCCAGUCUAUGGCUGCGUUGGCAUUCUCUGCGUGCUUCAGAAAGGAAACGUUGACGAGAAGCAGAUAGGAAAGCUUGCGGAUUACGCAGCGGGAAACCCGGACCGCAUUCCGAAGAUAGUGGCGAAGCUUGAGGAGCGAGCUAUUCGCGAGCUGCGUGCCGAGCGGUUCGGGUCGCUACCCGCCGUGGCUCGGUCGUACUCGAAACUUCUCUCUUCGUGCCAGAGCUCCCUCGCGCUGCUGGCGUGGAGCGUGCUGAGCGUGGUGCAGAAGCUGCUGCAGAGCAAGCGCGUGGACGUGCGCGUGCUGGGCAGCGAUCUGCUCGCGGAUUUCGUGGACUGCCAGUCGGAUGCCGCGUACGCCGCGUCCAUUCAGAAGCUCUGCCCCACGCUCGUCGCCAUGGCGCACGAGGCCGGCUCGCAGGAAGACUCCCGGGCCGCCAGGUCGUCCGCGUUAAGAGCAAUCGCCGCUGUGAUCCUCUUCGUCUCCUACUUCUCCCAGCCCUGCGACUGCCUUGACCAGCUGCUGGCGGCCGUGCUGGACAAUUACAAGCCGCACGCAGCAGGCGCAGGGGACGAGGGGGCAGCAGCAGCGGAUAAGGUGCGGGAGAGGACGCACGAGGCGCUCAAGAAGCUGACGCUGCAGCAGCAGCAGCAGCAGGGGGGUGGUGGCAAGGAGAAAGAGGGGCUGCAUCAGGAGAGGAAGCUGGUCACUCCACUGCCCUCCAAGCAGGAGCUACAGCACCCAGAAGUGGCAGCGCUGGUGGCGGUGUGGGCCCUCGCGCACAUGUUUGCAGCCGCGGUGUCACUCUCCUCCCAGCAGGUGCUGGCGCAUCUGCUGCUCUACCUCUCCAACGGCUCCCACUGGGCCGCACCUGCUAGCCAAGGCGACGCAGCAGCAGCAGGAGCAGCGGGGGCGGCAGGCAGGGGAGGGGUUGCAGGGCAGCUGCUAGAGGAUAUCUGUCUGGCUCUCCGGUUCCUGGCCACUCGCUCUCCUUCGCCCACCAAGGAGGAGCGGCGGCUCCUACUGGCGCUGCUGGCAGCGGUGAUCCGCCACGCAGACUCCUCCCCCGCCCUGCGCUCCCCCCGGAUGCGCCACGACGCCCUUGCUGUCGCGGGGGGCCUGCAGCUGGCGCACCUGCUGCUGGCGGACGGGGGGAAGUGGGCGGAGGGGGGGAAGGAAACCGGGGGAGAGGGCGCAGGGGGGGGGCCCGGGAUUGGGGAGGAGAAAAGGGAGAUUGGCGCAGGGGGGGCGGGAGGGGCGGUGAGCAUGAGAGGAGGACCGGAGGCAGCGAGUGAGGUGCAGGCAGUAGGUGACUUAUUGCGGAUACUGAAGCGUAGUAUAGUGGAGGAGAAGCAGGGGGGCGGCAUGGACGAUAAUAUCAUAGGGGAGGGGCAGGUGGGCGGCGGCGUGUCGUUCAGACGGAGACAAGGGGAGCAGCCAGCGUUGCAGGAGCAGGCGCUGAAGCUGCUGGUGCUGGUCACGUCAUUGCAUGCGGGCAGUCCCAGAGACCGCGCAGCGCUGCUGCUGGACGACACAGCAGUGUUCCUCGAGUCCCUCCCGUCCGACCCCUGGGGCUCCUGGGCCACGCUCGUUGCUGCAGAGGCUGCUGCCGCCGUUGUCGUGCUGCCUGUGGCUGUGGCGGUGGAGAGAAACGAGGGGGAGGAGGGGGAGGAAGGGGAUGAGGGGGAGGAGGGCAAGAGGAAGGGCUCUGGAACCCUGGGAAGCUUCCCGGACGCUGCACUCCUCAGCAUCCUCCGCGCCUUCCUGCACCCGCACUCCGAGACAAGAGACGCCGCCCACCACCUGCUGCAGCUUCUCCUUCGGGGCCCAGCAGCCUUUCCCGCAAACGACAGAGACUGCUACGGUCUCGUCAUUGCAGCCAGUGCUGUCAGCACCACCACACCACCCGCCAGUGCUCCUGCUGCUCAUCCACUCGCCCCCAUAGAAGACAUCAAACGACCCCCUCUGUCCCCCUCGCCGUCCCAGCUGCCUCUGCUGCUCUCCGCGCUCUGGUUGCAAGCAGCCAUGCCCUCUACCGCCCCCAAGUCCCUCUGCGCUCUCUCCUCCACCUUCCACGCCCUCCUGCCCUGCCUCUCCACCAAGCCUCCCCCUUCCUCCUCCGCCUCCCCCUCCUCACAAUCUCUUUCCUCCUCGCUCCUCCAGUCCUUCCAGCUCGCCCUCUCCCUCCGCCGAAAGGCUCUCUCGCUGCCUUCCGUUGCAGCUCAGGGGGCGGCAGGGAGAGGGGCGGGGGGUGCAGGGGCAGAAGUGGAAGAAGAGAGGGGAGGGGGAGGAGGAGGGGAGGCGGAGUGGUUGAUAGGGCCGGUGGACCGGCGCUCGGUGUUCACUGUAGCGACUGCCAUGCUCGCAGGGCUGGCCAGCAGUCUGGGCAUGGAGGAGGUGGCAGCGUUUGUCCUGUCUGAAGAAGCUUCGUCGGCAGCUCUGUCCAACCCCUUCCACGUCAUCAAUCCCGACGGCACGCUCUCAGAGCGCCGCCCGCCCACCUCUCAGAGCGCGUUCGGCUCGCCAGCUGACUCAGAGCGGGCGGCGGCUGAGCUGGCAGGGGCGAGCAGCAGAGAGGAGGAGGUGCAGGUGCAGCUGGGGGAGAAGAUAGCUGCUGCAGUUGUAGCUUCGUUCCCGGGGCACUCAGUGGAGCCAGCGUCGCUGCUUUCACCCUUCCACCCGUCAGACUCACUCGCCCUCACACCUGCAGCCGACAUGCUCGCUGCUGUCGCUGCUGAUUCCACUGCUCCCAUCCUUCCCUCCUUCGAGGACUUGCCUGCUGCCAUUCCUGAUGAGGAACUCUUCCGAGCCUCCUCUGUUCCGGACCUGGCAAGGCCCGGCCAAGGCAGCAACGAUGGGAGCAACCGAGGCUCGGACAAUGCUGGUGCUGCUUUGGCGGAUGAUAAAGCAGGUGCAAGUGUACCGAGUGUGGAGCAGAUAUUGGAGUCGGCCUCCAAUAUGGCGGUGGACGGUGAGAAGGACGGGAAGAAGUCGAGCGGCAAGAAACGGAGAGCGGAUCCAGCCAAUGAAGGCGAUCCACGUGUCGGCGCGGACAUAGGCACCGUUGCGACAGCGGUAAGCACGGCGGGAUACGCGGCGUCGGCCGGGGAAGGGAAGAAGAAGAGAGCGCGGAAGGCCAGGGGCGAGAGGAGUGGGCGGGCCACGCUUGAGGAAGGCGGGGGGGAGAAGGGGAGGCUUGCAGAUGGGCGGGACGAGGCGGAGGAGAACGAGGGUGAACAGGGGGAAGCGGAGCAACAGGGGGAAGCGGCAGGCGCAGCAGCUGAGGAUAGGUUGAUAGCAGGGGCGGAAGACGCGGAACUGGGGGAAGAUGCGGAAGAGGAGGAAGCGGAAGAGGGGGAAGUUCCGCAAGACGACAAUGAUGCCCAGGGGUUCGCGGAAGCGGACGCGGAGCUUUUCCCGCGCGAGCUACUUCCGCAACUAGACGCGGAAGCCGCCAGCCAGAAGCGCAUCAAGGCGCGCAAGCUGGUCGCGGAAGCCGCGGCGGCUGCUGCGCGGAGUGCCGCCCAGGGGAAAGAACGCGGAAGCGGUAGCGGAGGGGGAACGGUGGCAGCAGCGGCCGCGGCGGCGGCGGCGGCGGAGUGGUUUCAGGCGCAGGUGGUGGCGAACUGCGGAAGAAGCAUGUCGUCUGUGGAGCGCGAACGAGUGAUCCCAGCCUCGUCCGUUGCGAUCUACAACAUCCACUCACCCUCCUCGCAGCAGCAGCCCGCCCCCAGCACCACCUCCCAGGCGCCCGGAGCACAACCGGGCGGCAGGGGACCGGGCGGCGGACGAGCGGGCGGCAGAGGGGCGGGCGGCAGGGGAGCAGGGAGGGGAGCUAAGGGCGGCAGCGAGUCUGCCGCCGCCCACGUGGGGCCGACUCUUGCCGACCACCUGAAGCGCACUCUCGGCGCCACGUGGCGUUCUCUGCUGCUGCCACCUGGCGACAAGCAAGAAACAGACAAAGAUCAACAGAAGGGGCAAGGGCGGAAGGCAAAGGGUCAGAAUCAGCAGCAGGGGCAGCGGCAGCAGCAGGGGCAGCAGGGGCAGCAGGGGGGAGAAGGAGAGGAGGGAGAGCAGUGGGAGGCGGGGAGUCCGGUGGUGCUAAUGGUGUCAGCGUCGGCAGUGCGGUGUGUGGAUCUGCUGAGGGCGUGCAAGGGCGUGGGGCGUGGUUGCCGCGUGGCUAAGCUGUUCGCUAAACACCUGAAAGUGGAGGAGCAAGUUGAGAUGCUGAAAGGCCCCGUGCAUAUUGCAGCGGGUACUCCCAAUAGGCUGCUGAAGCUCCUCUCAUCCGGUGCCCUGCGCCUAGCAUGCCUGCGCGUGCUGGUGCUGGACAUGCUGCCAUCGCCAAAGGCCUUCACUCUCCUCUCCAUGCCCGACGUCCGGGUCGAGUUCUGGGAGCUGUAUCUCAAGCAUCUGCAUGAACCGGUUCUUUCUGGCUCUGCUGUGCUGGCGCUCCAUGAUUGGACCGGCGACACCUCGCCGCCCAAAGGGGGCGGCGGGAAGAAGCUUUCUGGAGAGCAGAUGAAGGGAAAGAAGCGGGCGGCAGCAGGUGCAAGGGGGGGAGAAGGAGAAGGAGGAGAAGGAGGAGGAGGAGGAGGAGGAGGAGGAGGAGGAGGAGGAGGAGGAGGAGGAGGAGGAGGAGGAGGAGGAGGAGGAGGAGGAGGAGGAGGAGGAGGAGGAGGAGGAGAGGGAGCAGGGGACGCAGGAGACGCAGCAGUAGGGGAAGAGGGGCUGCAGAAGAAACAGAAAAAGAGGAAAACUUCUAAGGCAACGGCUGGAGCUAUGAGUGGGGCUAUGGAGGACGGGGCAGCGGGAGAAGGGGAGGCAGCAGGGGGGUUGGCAGGGGAUGGACGCAAGGGGAAAGGGGGACGUGAAAGGGGGAGAGGCAGAAGAGGUGGCGGUGGGGGGAGGGGUGGCGGAAGAAGGGGUGGUGUGGCUGGAGGUGGUUUAGUGAGAGGCUUUGGGGGAAGAGGUGGUGGGGGAAGGGGUGGUAGGGGGAGGGGUGCUGGAGGGAGGGGUGGUGGAGGAAGGGGAGGGAGGGGACGGGGUGGUGGCGACAGGCGUAGUGCUGAUUAA